GGCCGACUGGGCUGGGCUGGGCUGGACGGUGGAGCCCGGCUCAGUGUAGGGGACGCUGAUGGCUGCCGUGUUUCUAGUAACGCUCUACGAGUACUCGCCGCUCUUCUACAUCGCGGUGGUCUUUACCUGCUUCGUCGUGACCACCGGCCUGGUAUUAGGAUGGUUUGGUUGGGAUGUUCCAGUAAUUUUGAGAAAUUCAGAAGAGACCCAGUUCAACGCAAGAGUUUUCAAAAAGCAAAUGAGACAAGUCAAGAAUCCUUUUGGCUUAGAGAUCACUAAUCCGUCUUCAGCUUCACUUACAACUGGCAUAACUUUGACAACAGAUUGCCUUGAAGAUAGCCUCCUUACAUGCUACUGGGGGUGCAGUGUUCAGAAACUAUAUGAAGCUCUGCAGAAGCACUUUUAUUGCUUCCGAAUAAGCACCCCCCAAGCACUGGAAAAUGCUUUGUAUAGCGAGUAUCUCCAUCAGGAACAGUAUUUUAUUAAAAAGGACAGCAAAGAAGAAAUAUAUUGCCAGUUACCAAGAGAUACUAAAAUUGAAGACUUUGGUACAGUGCCCAGAUCUCGCUAUCCACUGGUAGCGCUGUUGACCCUAGCUGAUGAGGAUGACCGAGAAAUUUAUGAUAUUAUUUCCAUGGUGUCAGUAAUUCAUAUUCCUGAUAAGACUUAUAAGCUGUCCUGUAGAAUAUUAUAUCAAUAUUUACUCCUGGCUCAAGGUCAAUUUCACGAUCUUAAGCAACUUUUCAUGUCUGCAAAUAAUAAUUCCACUCCCUCCAGUAAUUCCUCUUCAGAAGACAAAAGCACAGACCAAAGUCUGCUGGAAAAGUCUGGCCUCUCUGAGGGUGGGGCGGAGCCUCCCGAGGAGAACAGCAGGGACUGCGUGGUCUGCCAGAACGGGCCUGUGAACUGGGUGCUCUUGCCGUGUCGGCAUGCGUGCCUGUGUGACGGCUGCCUCAGGUAUUUUCAGCAGUGCCCAAUGUGCAGGCAGUUUGUGCAGGAAUCUUUUGCACUUUGUAGUCAAAAGGAGCAAGAUAAAGACACACUGAAAACUCUUUGAGGAUGUUGUUACAGCUGAGAAGUGCACUUUCCACUGAAGAUGCAGAAAUUUGUGCUCUUGGAAUUAAUCAUAACAUGGAGUCUACAGUGUUGACCAUCAGUGAAAAUUCUAUUUUAACUUCAUAUUUGUAUGGAUGGUGGAAUUAAUAAUUUCUUCCUGUUCAGUAUGGUGAAUACUGGAAUACCAUCUGUGUUAAUACGUAAAAUUCAUUCAACUCUUGAGAACAGUGUAAAUGUUUAGCCUUUUAUCAGCUAGAGGAUUUUGUAUAAAGUUGAUUAGAAAAAUUCUGAAAAGCAGUCCAUCUAAAAUUUGAGGAGGUAAAAGUCUUAAGAUGUCUGAAUGUUUUUCUUUGACAUAAUCUGGAGUGCAGUUGGGAUAAAACUGAAUUCUUAAAGUAAUUGUAUGUUCCCCAGUUUACAAAGGAGUUGAAAAAGGCUUCUAACUCUAAAUCCUUUCCUAAAAUAUCAGUUUUUAUAAGUAUC